AAAGCUGAACUAUGUGUUUGGGGAAUGGGGUGCAAUGGGAUUGGGGUCUUGAUAGAAAUUCUGUAUGAGAACAUGACACUUGAAGAUGAAAAUGAUUUAAUUCAUUAUGAUUCUAGCUAAGCCUUGUCGAAAAAAAAGUGUAUUAACUGUAAUUUUAUUUAAGGGACGGUAUAGGAUAAAAGUACAAGGUUGAUUAAAAAUUACUGAAAAUAAGUCGAAUUUUAGAACAGAGUUGAACACAAUUCUUUGUUAGCAUCAGAGAAGAGAGAGAAAGAUGAAUGCUCCUGAUCGAUACGAGAGAUUCGUCGUUCCUGAAGGCGUCAAGAAGGUUUCGUAUGAGAGAGAUACGAAGAUCAUCAAUGCUGCCUCUUUUACCAUUGAGAGAAAAUACCACACCAGUGGCAACAUCCUCCGCAUGCAAUUGCACGGAGACCCAAAUGUCCUUUUUGCCGGCUACAAGCUUCCACACCCUCUUCAGUACAAAAUUCUUGUUAGGGAAUUGGAAGAUAAAUAUGUACUACUACGCUUAGCACAUCUCUAUGAGGUUGCAGGCCUGCUGGCUUCUAUUGUUCUGUGUUGCUAUAUGCGAGCUGCUGGGUGUUGUUUAUGCUAUUGGCAGCCCUGCUAGCUGCUUGUUGGUCUCUGUUUGGUUGCCUGUGGGGCUGUUAGGUGCAGGCUGCUGUCGUGUAGGUUCUAUUGGGCUGCCUGGUUGUUGUUGUUUUUUCUGCCUGUCUCUGCUGUUCUGAGCUGUUGUAGGGUUGAAAAAGGCAUCUUGGUUUGGACUUGCUUUUCCCUGUAUGCUUCUAGUUUGUUGCCUAGUUUCCGUUGCUGUCUUGUUCUGGUUUUGGCUGGUUACUACUGUUGUUGUUCCUUUUACUGAUGAUGUUCUGCACUAUCAGCUACUGUGCUGCUUUCUGCCUGGUUCUGGCUGAUGCUGUCGUUCUGCUGAGCUUGUUGAUGUUGGGACAGCUUGCUGUGUUGCUGGUCUCUACUGCUGCUGUUCACCUGCUGAUGUUGG